AUGAGUGGUAUAGGAACCGCUAUUGGCUUAGCUUUGGCCACUACUACUGCUGUACUUUUAGUAAUAACUAUAAAUCAAGCAAAAGACGACGUUAAAAAGAAUUUAACGGAUACAUAUAGAAACCCUAAAGGUCCUGAUGUACAAUUUAUGUUAUUUUUAAGAAAUAACACUGUGCAGAAUUUGAUCAUUGGGGAUAGUGAUGGUUUAAAUAACUCUGGAUUUAAUACUAGUUAUCCAACAAAAAUUAUAACGCACGGUUUUAAAAGCAGUAUUGAAGAAGAGGUCUUUCAAAUAAUUAAAAAUGGUGUCGAAAUCGCUGGUAAAACGCUGUCAAAUUUCCUCAACUGGCUGUCAAACAACGGCGUUGCCCUUGACGACGUGCAUCUGAUUGGUCACAGUUUGGGUGCGCACGUGAUGGGCGUGGCCGGCGAUAGAGUCAUAAGAGGAAAAGUAGGCCGAAUUACAGGUUUGGACCCUGCCGGUCCAGGUUAUAACGAUAUUAGAUCGGAUUUAAAGUUGGAUCCUCAAGAUGGUAAAUUGGUGGAGGUUGUUCAUACCUACAUGAAAGUGUUGAGUCUGGAUCACCCAUUGGCAGAGAGUAUAUUUUGUAACCAUGGCAGGGCCUAUAGGCUCUUUGCUGAAUCUAUAAGAAACAACAAAAGCUUCAAAAGUAAAAAAUGCAAUUCUGUAGAGGACGCCCUGUAUAGCAGAUGUUUUGAGGAUACUGAAGUUUACAUGGGGCAUCCAGAAACAUACAAGGUUGGUUUAUACUUUUUCCAAACAGCUCCCAGGGAACCUUAUUCGUUGAGCUAA